AUGGGAGGUAUAAGCAGAGGAGGGGAAAGAGGGAGAUUGCAAGAGGAACACUGGUUGUUGUUUAGAUGCCUACAGAUUUUGCAUGAAACCAGUUAAAAGACAAACUAAAAAGGCACAGAGAGGAUAUGAAACACCUUAGAGUAAAAUGUUUCCUAAACAUGACAUCAAUCCCUUUUCCCAAACACUCCUCUCCCCAGCACAUAGGGUUAAACAGAACUACUAUUGCAACGUGACUUAAAAGACAGACAGUCCAUCCAAUGGCAUGCAAAGGCUUGUAGAUGGGAUUUUAGACACUGGAAUUUGCUAUUGCUCUGCAUUGGAGCCUCAUCUGUGACUCAACAGUGUUAAAGAGACCUGAUCAUUUGUCACUUGGUGUCUGUGUUGGUGAUUUAGCAUUUACCAGGACUGGGAUCAUCAGUAAUUGUAUGCAGUUUCAUUAUCAGCGGAUGUGCACUGUUGCAGGACCUGCUGUCCUUCUAAUACAUCGAAACACGCUCAACAACAAACAUGUCUCAUUCUGAUUCUGAGGACUCUGACUCCCCAAAUAGUAAAUUCCGUUUAGAAGCCCAUGAUAAGGAUACACUUGCUGCAUUCAGCAAGGGAGACCAGAACAAAGAUGGAAGAAAAGAUAAGAAGCCCCCAAUGGAAUCAGCACUCCAAAAAGAAGGCAACGAUUUUCCCAUAAAUAUUGGAUUCAAUAUGGAUUUCUUGCCCAAAGUUCAAGGCAAUGGGAACAAAACUAUAGAAAUCGAUCCUUCAGAUGUCUACACAAGAGACAGAAUUUUCGAUGCUGUGGCAAAUGGGGAUGCAGAUGACUUGGCUGGAUUGCAGACAUAUCUUCAAAAAACAAUGAAGCUCCUAACUAACACAGAAUUUAAAGAUCCUGACACAGGGAAGACAUGUCUUCUAAAGGCCAUGUGGAAUUUAAAGAAUGGGGUGAAUGACACCAUCCCGGUAUUGCUGGAAGCUGCUGAAAAGACAAAUAAUCUGAAAGAUUUGGUCAACGCGCCAUACACCAAUGCUUACUAUCACGGACAGAGCGCGCUUCAUAUAGCCAUAGAAAAAAGAAAUUUCCAGUUAGUUGAACUUCUAAUGAAAAACCAAGCUGAUGUUCAUGCCAAAGCAGAUGGAGAGUUUUUCCAGAAGAAAAGGAAGGGUGUUAGCUUUUAUUUUGGAGAGCUCCCUCUGUCUCUAGCAGCGUGUACGAAUCAGCCCGAUAUUGUAAAUUUCCUUCUAAAUAACCCAUACCGGAAAGCUGACCUCGCUGCCAGAGAUAGCCAUGGAAACACUGUAUUACAUGCUCUGGUUUUGGUGGCAGAUAACACAGAAGAGAAUACAGAAACAGUAACUAAAAUGUAUGAUGAUAUUUUGAAGAAAUCAGUGAAAAUUAAUCCACAACUCAGACUGGAAGAACUUGCCAACUGGGAGGGACUAACUCCUUUAAAACUGGCAUCAAAAACUGGCAAAAUUGAGUUGUUCAGACACAUACUUCGGAGAGAGAUAACAGAGCCAGAGUAUAAACAUCUUUCUCGAAAGUUCACAGAGUGGACCUAUGGACCAGUGCACACAUCACUAUAUGAUCUGUCAUCUGUGGACACACAUGAAAGGGAUUCUGUUUUGGAAACAAUUGUGUUUAAAAGUAAUGCCAAUAACCGGCAUAAGAUGAUCGUAAUUGAACCAAUCAACCAGUUGCUGCAAGACAAAUGGGAUGCGUUUGCUGGCAAAAUAUUUUAUUUGAAGUUCCUCUUGUAUAUUGCUUAUAUGAUUAUAUUUACAGUGACAGCUUACAACAGACCCCUGGUUGGACAGCCCCCAUUCCCUUUGGAAGGAACCGUAAAAGAUUCUUUUCGCGUGUUUGGAGAAGUUAUCAUCAUGUUUGGUGGCGUGUACGUACUAAUAUGCCAGAUUAUCUAUUUCUGGAAGAGACGACCCUCUUUACAAAUUAUAAUGAUGGAUGGUUAUUUUGAAGUCCUUUUCUUGCUCCAAGCAAUUAUAUUGCUUUGCAGUGGUGUUGUUUAUCUCGCAGGAAAUGAAGCUUAUGUCACUUUCUUGGUCUUGGCAAUGGUGAUAGGAUGGGUGAAUAUGUUAUAUUACACUCGUGGCUUUCAGCAGACCGGAAUCUACAGUGUCAUGAUACAGAAGACCAUACUGAGAGACAUGCUUCGCUUCUUGUUUGUGUACCUUGUCUUCCUCUUUGGAUUUGCAGCAGCUUUGGUAACACUUGUCGGAGAAGUUCCAGAAGACUCUGGAAAUAACACUGAGGCUGCGAAAAGUGAAGGAGUAUCCUAUGCUGGACUGUAUAUUACCUCUUUGGAACUCUUCAAGUUUACCAUUGGCAUGGGAGAUCUGGAGUUCAAUGAGAACCUUAAAUUUAAGCACUUCUUCAUGUUCCUGCUCAUCCUGUAUGUAGUGCUUACCUACAUUCUUCUCCUGAACAUGCUCAUUGCCUUAAUGAGUGAAACUGUCAGUAAGAUAUCUAGCGAGAGCAAAAGCAUAUGGAAGCUCCAGAGAGCUGCCACCAUCUUAGACAUUGAGCGGUUCUUACCUCGGUCCCUUAGGAAGAAAUGGAAGUCUGGACACUGGCUUACUGUGGGCAAAACCCCAGAAGGAAAGCCUGAUGAGAGAUGGUGCUUUAGAGUAGAAGAAAUGCUUUGGGGUGCAUGGGAAAAGAACCCAUCCAAUCUUAAUGAGGAGCCUGGUGACACGGAAAAAGCAAAAAUGGCCUCAGUUUACAAACGUCCUAAAGGGUGGAGUCAUUUGGUUACCAAAGUGCAAGAAAAAGUAAGAGAAGAGGAACAAAUACCCUUAAAUUCGGGGUCCACCAGCCCUAUGACUGAUGUCGAGAAGGGAUGUGAACAGUCGUCAUGAGCUCACAGCUUAGUUUUGAAUUGUCUCAAUUGCCAAAACACUGCAAUUUCAGCUUUCCAAAAUCAAUUGAUGGUUUCUUAUUCUGACCCAACCAUAGCUAUGUUUACAUGUAAUGAGGAAAUAUUACCUUAUUGUAAUGCGAGGUAUAUGUUAACUAGUUCAUUUUUCCAGGUUUAAAUGAUUACACUACAACAGUGAUGCAAAAUAAAUUAAAAUGCACUAAAGAAUUAUAACAUACAAAUCUUAUAAAAUUCAUUGAUGUGCUCUAAGUAAAAAAAAUAAAACUCCUCACUGAUGGUUGUGAGAAUUGACAGUUGAAUUCUCCUGAGGAAAAAAAACCCAUAAACACAGACAUUCAGGCAUUCAAAUUUGCAUAUUUUUUAUGUUUCAAACAACGUUGGUAGUUUUUUUUUUUUUUUAAAUCUAAAAGGUUACCAAAGUGUUAUAGUUGAAUAAAAACAAUAUAAAUAAAGCUUUAUUUUGUAAGUCCAUCUCAGCCCAAGAUAAAAUAAUUACACAUAAUCUCUUAUUUUGUUUAAAAAUCAAGUCAUUACGAAAAAAGGGUGCUUUGCAUGGAC